AUGCUGUUCCACAUUGACAACUGGUUUGUACAGAAGUGCAACUGUGGCAACCUGGGCUACAAUCCCACUGAUGCCUACACUGAUUUGGGAUUGCUCCAACAGGAGGAGGUGCUGUUGGUCAACUGGAUUGACAUCCUGAUUAAGCAGGAGUUCAACAUGGAUCUCGACCUCAACUCCCCGAGCGAGCCCAUCACUCCCGCCGAGGCUUUCGCCGAGGCCUUCAGGUGGUCAGUGACUGGCUGA